UACAACUCUAUACAAGUUUCCUAUCCAAAUACUGGUUUUGAUAUUUUUUAACCUUUGAUACAACACCUUCUUGGUGAACUAAGGACUUCCGAUUAACAAGUUUCCAACAUCUCUUUUAAAAAUUAGUGAGGAAAUGCAAAACCAUGGCAGGAACAGGAAGAGGAAACGGUCCUCUCGACAGUCUCGCCGAGCUGUUCAACCAAACAGCGGCUACUACUUGCUGUCUAGCCAAGAUGGACACUCCUCACAGCCACGACCCUCUGUCAGUCACCACACUGAUCUACAGGACCAGUUGAGAGCUGACCCCCUCUUUCUUCUGAGGGAUGAUGUUCUCUUAAGUGAUGAUGAGGACUCAAGAAGGUCCAAGAGGUCCAGGCCAGUUGAGUCUUCCAUGCCAACCAAUGGCAGAAGAUCCCCACAACCAGGGACCUCACGAGACCUCCAUGCCCCUUCAGAAUUGCAACAGAGAGCAAGGUCACCUUCUCCACCAAGGGCAGCCAUACCCAUUAAUGCUAUUAGUGAUGGUGAAGAUACUGCACUACCAUCUGUGACAAGGGCAAACACACCUCCAAUCAUGAGUGAUGACAUUGAUGAUCAAGAUGAACUUGAGGAUGUAAUUUUUGUUGGCGUGCUUCGCCCUCCUCAGAUUGAGGUUGAAUUCUUCCUGGUGCACCAAUUCGUGAUAAUUUGGGAAACCAACAACCACCUACCCAUGAAUGUCACUUAUGACCUUCCCACCAUGAUCUUCAACCCUGAGAACGCCAAUGGACAGAGUGAUUGUAGGAUCUGUCUGAGUGACUAUGAGGAAGGAGAAGAGUUCACGAUUCUGCCCUGCAACCACAAUUUCCAUAGAAGCUGUGUGAAUCAGUGGCUUCAGCAGAGCCCUACCUGCCCCAUGUGCAGAACACAGAUUCAUUAGAGCACAGCAAACUGAGGGACUAAGAGUUUCAGCCAUGACAACUUCUAUUCUA